AUGUCUUUCUUGGAACUUCCNCUCGAGCUUCGUCUCAUUAUCUACGAACAUGCAGCCGUCGAGGGAGCAGCCGUGACGAUUGGAGCUUGCGAGCUGACGGGCAAAGGCGCCGACCUUGUCCAUCGAGUGUACGGCGACGAGCGCGCNCCUCUACCAGGCCUUCCACCGAUGCACGAGCCCGCCAUCCUCGAUAGCUACUCAUCGCGCCUUCUCUCGGUGUCAGAACCCGCCCGCAUCGAUGUUUCGUCUCCAUCGUCGAAUCCCCCAGAUCAUGUCGCACCCACGCACCACUCGACCUUAUCUUCGCUCCUGCUGCUCAAUCACCAAAUCAAUGCUGAACUUAGCACCCACUUCCGACGAAAGAACAAUAAGAAGACCAGUCUCUUUGUACAAUUCCCCCUUGGCCUGCACGUCUUCAAGACAAAAUGCCCCGACUUCGUCCGCCAGGCUCGCAGCAUCCACAUCGCCGGCAGCUAUCCCAAGCCUACAACUACAAAACAAUCCCCACAACUAGACCAGCUAGCACACCUUGUAUCUGCAACCCUAGGCAAGAGCCCACGCUACCCAAUCGAGAAACUCGAAGCUCGCAUCUACUUUCCUGGUGGUGAUUCAUAUCCCCGUGUCUGGGACGACUCUAGUCCCGCUUCCGUCAUCUUGCGCAACGUCUGCGGUGGUUUCAUCGAUAUGGAGGUCGCAAGAGGAAGACACGGAACUGGCAUCUACGUUUCGGUGCGACCCCACCCAGACAACAAGAGGGUCAUAUCAACUGUUUGGAGACGCCUGGUUGAGGGGGAUAAUGGUCAACCCACUUGCGGUGAUUGGGCUGUCGACAAGCAGUGGCCAGAGUGGAAUAAAGAGUUUGCUCCCUCGUCGCCUUUACCCUAA